AUGCAUUCUGACGAAGAGAGCUUGUAUGACCCUGAAGAUGCUGACACAUCCACCCAGGUGCUAGAUGCAGCCGUGGUCGGUGUGGGGAGUAUUGACGGCACACCGUCUACCGAAACCGCAUAUAGCAGUAAUCAAAGUGACGAUAUAGCCAGCAAAGAGGGAGUACCUGUAGAGUCUGCUGAUACGGAUAUCAACGCAUCAUCCAAACGACGCUGGUUCAUCUUGGAACCCGCAGUGUUUUUGGUUUUUCUCGCAAUGUAUUUGUCAGGGGCGGUUUAUCAAAACCAAGUUUUAUAUCAGACAUGCGUGGCGAUAUACAAAUACAAUGAAAGCGACUGCCAACCGCUUUUGGGUGUCAGCAGGGAGACGAAAGAAGCACAGGAAAUUGAAACUCGCGUACAACCAUAUGUUGCGCGUAUUCUAAUGGCUCGCUCGCUGUUGGAGAGUAUCAUACCGGCAUUUGUCAGUUUAUUUGUUGGUCCAUGGUCAGACAAAUUUGGUCGUCGCCCCAUCAUCCUCGCCACCUACACAGGCUACCUCACUGGAUGUAUUAUACUAACGAUUCUAGCUUUUAUUGCAACCAAAGUUAUAAUUAGUCCCUGGCUAUUUCUACUAUCCUCUGUACCCUCGGUGCUUAGUGGUGGUACUUGCGCGCUCAUCACCGGUAUUUAUUGCUACAUAUCAGAUGUGGCCAAAGAGAAGGCGCGUGCAGUGCGCAUGGUGAUGAAUGAGGCUUCUUUGUUAGCCGGCAUGACGGCUGGCAAUUUGCUUAGCAGUUAUAUUUAUGCAGCAACAAAUGUAGUAACAGUCUUUGGCAUAUCGGCACUGCUGAUGUUGCUAGCCUUAUUAUAUGUGUUCAUAUUUGUUAUGGAAAGUCUGCGGCCUGAUCAAAUACAUACAGGAUCCAAAAUACGCGAAUUCUUUCGCUUCGAUCUGGUGAAGGAUUUGGUGCAUACUUGCUUCGAACGAAGGCCCAGCUUUGAUCGCGCUAUCAUUUGGUUAACUAUGAUAACGUUAACGAUUGCUUUAUUCACCAUGGAGGGUGACAGCAAUGUAACAUACCUCUUUUUCCGUGCGAAAUUCGAGUGGACCCUAAAGGACUACACGCUUUUUAAUGCUGCGCGCAUUAUUGUACAAAUAUUUGGCAGCAUUUUCGGUAUAAUUUUAUUGCGAAAGGUUUUCAAAUUUUCAAUUGUCUCCAUGACAAUGCUCUCAUUGGCUUGCUGCGUGUUGGAGAGCACAGUACGCGCCACUGCAGUGUAUUGGUGGGAGCUGUAUUUGGGUAUGGUACUCGGUGGCAUGCGUGGAAUAAUGGGACCAAUGGCGCGGGCCAUACUAUCACAUGUGGCACCACCAACGGAAGUCGGAAAAAUAUUCGCAUUCACUACUUCAUUGGAAUCUCUGUCACCGCUUGGUGCUGCUCCACUCUAUACGAUCGUAUACGACGCGACGCUAGAGUUUUAUCCGGGUCUAUUUAAUUUCAUCAGCGCUGCGCUAUAUUUACUUUGUUUCACAUUGAUUGCCGUUAUAUAUGGCAUUCAAAAAUCACUGGGCAAUACUGCGGCCUAUCAAGCGAUCGGUAGUUAAGUUUUAAUGUCACAAGCGUACAAUACAAAGUUUAUUUCGUUUGUUCAAUAAUUACUAGACGAAGUUUUUGUUUAUAAAAUUAGUAAAUUAUCCCAUGUGAUGCAAAAAUACUAAAUAUGUACAUAUGUAAGUAUUAAUUUACAGUGAGAAUGGAAGAGAAAAAGUAUACGAAUUUUUAUAUGAAAAAGAAUGCAUAUUUUUAUAUUACACAUUUUCAAUGGUUUUGAAACUCUUUACAUGUUCUUAAAGAUCUAAUCCAAUCCCAAAAAGUCGCCGUAUUUUUGUUCUGCUUAAAAGUUUGUCACAAAUAUGUAAAUAUGUAAAUUAAAUAAAGCAAGUCGUCAUAAGUCAUUUUUAGAUUUGUUCGCAAUGCAUAUUAGUACAUAUAUCGCACACCUAGAUCUAAAGUGUGAUCGACUCUAAGAACAAUUGGGCGAUUCUUUUGCAUAAAUCAAUUCAUAGCACCUAUGUACAUCCAAUUAAUGGAAAUAUUUUUUCUUCAUGAAUAUAAACAUUAGCUAGAAAACUACUGUUAUACCUGUUUUUGUAUUAACUGCGUUGAAUCUGUACGAUCCAGAAGCAGUUAAAUUUCCCUCUCUGAAUUUUGAGUGAGCUCACUUUAAAUCUAGAUGUGCGAUACAUAUGUAUAUUGUUACUCAUUUUUAAUAAAGAAAAAAUAAUAAUACUAAAAU